UGAUUAUCCACACACACAUGCGAUGCGUACAGGCAGCCAAGGCAGCACAUACAUAAAAGAGACUACGUACACGAUGUGUAUGCCCGGCUCAAGACAAGACUAGACUACACGAAUGAAUCAGCGGCAGGACGGCUACUGUGUCUGUGUCCACGUGUUUGCUUGAUUGCCUGCCUCUCUGGAACACACCUCACAAUGGCACCUCACAAGGAAACACACAAACAUCCUAAUAUGUACAUGAGGCCAAAGUCAAAGUAGAGGAGACAGCUGAAGCUCAAACUCUCUAGCUCACACGACACAGGCAGGCGCAUCAAAUCGACAGUGACUGACUGACACGUACGCGCGUCCAAAUAAACGUCCAAAUAAACACAGACAGACGGACAUGCACUGUACACAUGCACAGCACAACAUGCAUCCAUCAGAAACACAGAGCUCUGCAUGGACUGGACUCAUCUACUCGAGACGACGAGAGAAACAAGAUAGAAACGACGAAACAGAAAAGGAGAAAAGGUCGAAUGUCAGGACAGCUGGCUGUUGAUGAUCUUUCCCCCGUGUGCGUCCCCCCUCCCUCUCCUCUCUCAGUCUGUUGACUGUCGAUGUCUGACAGGCCCUGCCUUAUCAUCAGCCAGCAGCUGCUCAGGCACCUGCUCGUCAACGUCCCCCGCAGCCUCACCACUCGGCGACAACAGAGCCUCCACACCUGAAUAAGUGAAAGCAAAUUAACCAGCACACAAGCCAAUCCUCUCUGUCUGGCCUGGUACCUCCCUCCCUUCAUCCCUUGGUUCAUUCCUUCUCGACUAACCUCGCUGUUGCUGCAGGUCGGCAAGGCGGGCGUCGCACCGCUUUUGUAUCUUCACGGCGCGCUCGAUGAGCGCCUCAUGCUCAGAGAGCAUCUCGGAAGCCCACGUGACAUCCCCCAAGCGCAGCUGCUCGGUUGCUUCAUCGUCCGCAGCAAGGGCCUUUUGCCGCCUCUCGUCAAUCAGGCCGAGUAGCCAGACGCGGCUCUUGCCGCUCCUGUCCACCGCACGUUGGCACUCCCCCAGCAGCUCCUGUAGCACCGACAGGCUCAUGCUCGACACUUCCUUGCGCUCAUGCUCGGACGCCGCAUCUGAGUAAGGACACACACACACACACACACAGAGACAGACACAAACGCAGUAUGGAGCAUCCAUAUCUAUUUCUGCCGUACUUUCUCGCUGACCGUGAGCUUUAACAAGGCUCAGGCGAUACUCGGCCCUUUCGUGACGGAUGGUGCCAUUUUUGACGCGCACCUCAGCCUGGUGUAGCUGCUGACUCGCAGCAGGGGAAUCACGAUGGACUCAUCUCCAUGGACUCAUAUUUGGCGUACAGAGAGGUGUGCGGGCCGGGCCAUAUGCUGUAUGCUAUCAGACGUGUGCAGGUGAGCCGUUAGCCAAAGACCGACAUGACAAGGUGAGGUGGUGAGGUGGUGUCCGUCAGUCAACACAUACCCGUGACGUGUGCAAUGCAAUCAUGAUGUGAUGCAUCCCAUCCAGUCACACUCUCGUCCAGUCCACGAACGAAACACCCACCGACGACAGCCAAGCCAAAGCAAACCAGGCCAGGCAGACACAAACAAAAAGACUUUCCCAACAGCGAACGUACCACAACGCAUGCUCACUCACUCGAUGCGUCCAACCCCCCCUUCCCGUUUCAUACCCACCCACAUAAGUGCAUGUGUGAAGGCCCCACCUCUGUCUGCUGCAGCAGUGUGCACAUACAGACAGCAGGCAGUGGGUCGGGGCAACAUACAUUCAGGUGUGUGACCAAAAAUCGGUGCAUGGCAUGGAUGAGUCGACGGAUGAAUGAAUGCCCCCACUGCUUUGCUCCCAAAUGAAUGAAUGGAAUGAAUAUGCCUGGAUGCGACACGUAUGAUACGAGGCGGCCGGCGAUUUCUGGAAGGGAUCACCGCCCUGUGCAAUCAAGGGCUCCUCUCGCCUAUCCCCUUGACCGUCUCCCCACUGCGCGUGCAAACACAGAGGAGAGAACAUCAAGGAGACGUGGCACAAGGAGCGACUCCACAGGACGAUGUCACCCAUCCCAAGGCAAGUCAGUGUGUCAGUCAGGUAACAUGGGUGUGUGAGAGGCCGUUGCUCGUUGUGGUGUGGUGUGGUGUGUCGUGCCGUGGUGGGCUCCUUGGCCCACGGUGGGUGGUGAAUGCACCUCACCCCACUGAGCCUAGCGCUAGACGAACGAGACAGACAGUCAGGCAGGCAAGACAGAAGAGGGAAAGGGAGACAGACAGACAGACAGACAGACAGGGAGGACAGAAGGCAGGUCCUCUCGGCGCGUGCGUGCGUCAGGUAGGGUAGGGCAAGCAGACAGGUAGGCUAGACUAGGCUAGACUCAUCAUACAUACAUGUAAUACGUAGGUACGUAAUCACAUCAUCACAUCCAUGUAGUGGAUAUGCACUCACUCAUGGCAAUCGAAUCGUGUCAACUCAGGAGGAGUAACAAGAAGACAACACAACACAACAUGGCCAGGCCGACGAAUUGCCUUUUCUUCCCUGCCUGCCAGUUGUCUGUUGUCAGGUAGGAGUGCGGAAAUCUCCAAGGCGGAGUGUGUGUGGACGCGCUUUCACCGAAUGUGUGUUAUCUGUGCGAGUGAGUCCAUCCGUUCACACAGGCAGUGUAUCAUCGAAAAGAACCAGGGAGGGGCGGAGGAAGAAAACAGUGUGCAGCGGUCAGUCAGCCAACUACCUACCUACCCGUGUGGAGAGUCCGACAGUCCAUCCGUCCAUCCAUCCGUCAGGCGCUCACGCACCAUCACGUUGCACGCAUGAAUGCAAUGCAUGUUUUCACGCACGUCUCAUCAAACACUCGUCGGCAUACACGUGCGUGAGCAUCCAUCCAUGCAUCCAUCCAUGCAGGCCUCCCUCUUUCCCUCCCUUGCCUGACUGACGGACCUCCCCAUGCGCCAGUGGUACGCACUGCGAUGGCGGCUGUCAAGAAACUCCACACACAUUGCAUUCAUUGAGUCUCUCAUCCAUCCAUCCAUCCGAGUACACACAGGCAGUGAGUGUGUUGUGAGUGUCAACGGCUAUGCUACAGGCAGGCAGGCAGGCAGGCAUUCUUGUCAGAUUGCCAGUGCGAAAAGGAAAGCAAGAGACAGAGAGAGAUAAGUAUGAAGUAGGUACCAAGGGGCGGCGAGACAACACGACACAACACAACACAACCGUCCCCCCGCGGCAAAAAGAUCACAACACAGCGACACGCACACAGAAAGAAAAGUGACACAGGUACGCACACAGGUACACACACACGCAGACACACACACACUCACACACACGAACAUGCAGACAGAUUUGCUCCGCUCGCUGGUUGGCAGCCGAAACACAGCCAGUCGGUUGUCGCGGUGGCCAAAAUUGUCCGCUCGUCAGCCGUCCACCAAUCGACCCACCCAUCCAUCUCACUCACUCAGACACAGAAAAAGCUCAUUCGUGUACACGGCAGGCACGGCAGGCAGCUCAUGCAUGGA